UCGAGUUGUCAUAGAAACAGGGGCGGAGUGGUGGUUGCUUCACGCUGCCCUCGCUUUAAAAGUUGUAGCGAGCCAGACAUCUCUGAACAUCAUCAACCACUGCACUGCUUCAAGACAGUUCACUUAGAAGACUGCGGUAUUCCAUUGGAACAUGUGUGGAAUUUUUGCUUACCUAAACUACAGAGUGCCACGGACAAGAAAGGAGAUCUUUGAAACACUGGUAAAGGGUCUGCAGAGGCUGGAGUACCGAGGAUAUGACUCUGCAGGCAUUGGAGUAGAUGGGCCAAAGAAAAGCGACAGUGGUGACACCAGCUACAUUUGCUUGAUUAAGAAAAGAGGGAAGGUCAAGGCUCUGGAUGAAGAGCUCUACAAGAACGACUCCACUGACCUGGAAACUGAGCUGGACACGCACUUUGGGAUUGCUCACACCCGCUGGGCGACACAUGGAGAACCCAGUGCCGUCAACUGCCAUCCGCAUCGCUCUGACAAGAACAACGAAUUUGUUGUGAUUCACAAUGGCAUUAUCACCAACUACAAGGAGCUAAGGAAGUACCUGAUCUCCAAGGGAUACGAAUUUGAGUCUGAGACAGACACCGAGGUCAUCCCCAAGCUGAUUAAGUAUGUCUAUGACAACCGCGAGAACGAUUACGUGUCCUUCUCCACCCUUGUUGAGCUCGUCAUCCAGCAGCUGGAAGGGGCUUUUGCUCUGGUUUUUAAAAGUGUGCAUUUUCCAGGGGAAGCUGUAGCUACCAGGAGAGGAAGUCCUCUGCUGAUUGGAGUGAGGAGCAAGUAUGAGCUGUCUACGGAACAGAUCCCCAUUCAAUACAACAGUAAUGCUCACUUUUUAGAGGGUGUUCAGCAGAAGAACUUCAGGAACAGGGUGGACAGUACCGUAGCCCUGCACUCUGUCAGUGACCGCAAGGCAGUGGAGUUCUACUUUGCCUCUGAUGCAAGUGCCAUCAUCGAACACACCAACAAAGUGAUCUACCUGCAGGAUGAUGAUAUAGCAGCGGUGGCCGAGGGCAAGCUAUCUCUGCACCGAAUGAGCCGGUGUGCCGGGGAGGACCCCGUCCGAGCCAUCCAGACCCUACAGAUGGAGCUACAGCAAAUCAUGAAAGGUAACUUUAAGGCCUUCAUGCAGAAGGAGAUCUUUGAGCAACCAGAGUCAGUCUUCAAUACCAUGAGAGGAAGGAUCUGUUUUGACACCAAUACAGUGGUCCUGGGGGGCCUGAAAGACCAUCUGAAGGAGAUCAGGCGCUGCAGGCGCCUCAUUCUGAUUGGCUGUGGGACCAGUUUCCAUGCUGGAGUGGCAACCAGACAGAUUCUGGAGGAGCUGACCGAACUUCCAGUUAUGGUGGAGCUGGCCUCGGACUUCCUGGACCGCAUCACUCCAGUCUUCAGAGACGAUGUCUGCUUUCUCAUCAGCCAGUCUGGGGAGACGGCGGACACCCUAAUGGCACUGCGCUACUGUCAGGGCCGUGGGGCUCUGACGGUAGGGGUCACCAACACAGUGGGCAGUUCCAUCUCCCGCGAGACGGACUGCGGCGUUCACAUCAAUGCAGGCCCUGAGAUUGGCGUGGCCAGCACCAAGGCGUACACCAGCCAGUUCGUGGCCCUUACCAUGUUCGGUCUAAUGAUGAGUGAAGACCGGAUCUCCCUGCAGAAGAGGCGACUGGAGAUCAUUAACGGCUUAAGGAUGCUGCCAGGCUUGAUCAAGGAGGUUCUGACGCUGGACGACAAGAUCCGAAGCAUUGCUGAUGAGCUUUACCAGCAGAGGUCACUCCUGGUUAUGGGCCGCGGCUACAAUUACGCCACCUGUUUGGAGGGGGCACUGAAAAUCAAGGAGAUCACGUACAUGCACUCAGAGGGCAUCCUGGCCGGGGAGUUGAAGCACGGCCCCCUGGCUCUGAUCGACAAACACAUGCCGGUCAUCAUGAUCAUCAUGAGAGACGCCUGCUACACCAAGUGUCACAAUGCUCUGCAGCAAGUCACUGCACGCCAGGGUCGGCCCAUUAUCUUGUGUUGCCAGGAUGACCCUGAGAUCACGAGGAAUGCUUAUAAGACAAUUGAGUUGCCUCAAACAGUGGACUGCCUUCAGGGCAUCAUUAGUGUCAUUCCUCUUCAGCUUAUGUCCUUCCACUUGGCAGUGCUCAGAGGAUACGAUGUGGACUGCCCUAGGAACCUAGCCAAAUCUGUGACAGUGGAGUAACUACUGUAGCUAGUAGUUUCAAAAUACCAAAGUGCAAUCGUGUGUGUGCGUGUGUGUGCAUGCGUGCGUGUGUGUGUAGGAGCUUGCAUUGUGUGUGUUUUUAUAGAUUACAUAACUCUGAAGAUGUAAUUCAUUAUGACUGAAUUCAGUGUGACAGAAUUCUAUCCGCAAGUUGCAUGUAUGGAUGUUAUUUACUCAGCAAGUGCCUUCAGACACUUCUCAUCAUCCACAAGAAAGGGACCUACAUUAUUCUGUUUUAGUGGUCCGUACUGAGACAAAGCACCAAUGUCAAAGCCUAUUUUUGAGCUUCUAGAAAGGUUUACACAUGGGCAAUACGUAGACUGACAUGGACCAAAAGUGUCUUUUUUUUUCUCAUCGUUUGCAGUGAAGUAACACUUCAUGUUAACAUUACCUAAGGUGGAGAACUUACAGUCCAUAUU